AUGGCCACGCUUACAGAUGGAAAAUAUGCAGAUCCGACUGGCAGAAGAACUCUGGAUUGGCUUAUUCAAAAGAUGCUAUCGGGGUCUGAUCUCGACGAGAAUGAAAAUGCUCUAUUCUCCGAAAGUGCGGCUAUCUACUGCGAUAAAGAAAGGAUCCACGUCUCGUUUCCACCUCGUUGCACGGGAAUGCAUUUUUUUCUACGCAGAUCUCUUAAGAAACACGUUAUGCGCCUUAGACGUAUUGCUGUUGCAUUGGCAGACUCGGAGUUAUUAUCGUUUUACGUAGAAUCAUAUUCUAACUAUUUAAAAACUCUCAGAUGGAUAAAUCCAUACGCUAGACACUAUCAUCCACUGCACUUUACUUCUCCAGGGGGUUAUAAUGAAUAUUUUCAUCUGAAAGGAGUCGAAAUUUGGAAUUUUGGAAUAUAUGAGAACUGCAAAAAAAAGAUUGUUCGACUUAUUCUAACAGAAAUUGACAAAGAUCGUAGAGGAGAGCAAGUAUCUAAGACGCUAAUAUCUAGAAUAAUUAGAAGUUUGCCAUCAGACCGCAACAACAAAGGAUAUUUUAAAUCAAAAUUCCUGCAAGGAUUGGAAAAUUUUUAUAAGACUCAGAACUACCAGCCACCAGCAUCACUCAUCACUACCGGCUACAUUAAAUGGACAGAAAAUGUCGUUCAAAAUGAGAUUCAAAGGUGUCGUGAGUAUUUUCAUGAAGGAACACAUGAAAUAAUCGCGAGAAUUGUGGCACAAAGCCUACUGAAUAAAAACAAUGAAGGGAUACUAUUGAAGGAAUUCACGGACCUUUUAACUGGGGAUAAAAUUGACGAAUUGUCAAGUCUGACUACAUUCCUCUUUAAGUACGACCAUGACUUGGAAAAUUUUCUCGAAAAAUUUGACUACCACAUAUACUGUAUGGGUUCACGUGCAUUGCGUCAAGUUUGCAAUGAAGCUCAAUCCUCCACCAAAUUAUACGUGGAAACAAUUGACGCUCUUUUGUCAAAGUGUGAUUACCUUCUAGAAAACGCAUUUCGAAAGCAUUCUCUCUUCACUCAAGCUGGCAACAAUGCAUGCAAACGCUUCAUUAAUGCGAAUGCGGUUACUGAAGCCCUUGGAGGUUCACUUAAAUCGUCUGUGAUUCUGGCGAAAUAUUCGGAUCUCAUACUUCGAAGACAUUUGAAGACUGCUGGAAACGUGGCUGAACUACUCCAAAUUGUGAUGAAAGUAUUCCCAUUUUUGGAAGACAAGGAUGCCUUCCUGAGGAAGUAUGGAAGCUUUCUGGCUCGACGCUUAGUGGGGAAUAAACCAUUCUCCGAGCACCACGAACGUUGCAUGAUCAAUUUCUUCGAGGAGAAAUGCGAUAUUUCAUAUCCCAACACUUACAAUCGAAUGUUGGCUGAUGUGCAAUCCAGCCAGGGACUUAAUAAGGAAUUCUGCAAUUGGCUGAGAGGAAGAUCAAACGAAAAGUCAACUCCAGGCUUCCCCAGCACAACAAUUGUCGUGUUUCAAGCCUCUUGCAGUCGUUUUUUCAAGCGCGAGACUGACUUGAUGGUUCCGCCUGAGGUUUCGGCAUAUCAAAUGGCGAUUCUAAUGUUAUUUAACAACGCCGAUACUUACACAGUUGGAGAACUGCAGGCUCAGACGAACAUUGAUGAGAUCAGGCUAAUUCCCCUACUUGAAGGCCUUUUAAAGACGCGGAUCUUGGAGGUCGUCAGUGCCGAUGUAGCAAUGCCUGCCGACAAUGGGGGAAUAGAGGAGAUGGAGCGGGGCAUAAAAUCAUACUCCCAAGAAACAGAACUAUUCCCAAAUCUCCCAAUCCUUACAAUGAACACCAAACUUGCUCUUUGCAAGACAUAUUACAACGAUCAAUCAUAUGUUGACCUGAAUAUCCCAGUGAGAUUGGUAAAGAAGAAGGAGGAGGUGGUGGAUGAAGAAAGUUUGAAACGUGUCCGCAUGAACUCUAUUCAGUGCCGCAUUGUUCAAAUGCUGAAGACACGACGACGCUUGGCAUAUCAAGACCUAAAGAAAGAGAUAUUGGAACAGUCUUUUACCACCUUCCAGCCCACUACACAUCAGAUCAAGUUAAGCAUCGAAAAGUUGAUUGAGAACGAGUAUGUUAAAAGGGACCCAGCCGACAUUGCUAUCAUCGAAUAUAUUGACUAA